UAAAAAUCCAUUUUAUUUCCCCAUUUCGAUCUGCCUACCCCUCUCCUUCUCUCUCCUCCCCGCCGGGAAUCCUCGCCCCCACCAGUCACCCAGCUGUAAGAGGUUGCUUCGAUGGGGCUUCUGAGCAUAAUUCGAAAGAUCAAGCGAAAGGAGAAGGAAAUGCGCAUUCUCAUGGUGGGUCUUGAUAACUCAGGGAAGACUACAAUUGUAUUGAAGAUCAAUGGCGAAGACACAAGCGUCAUCAGUCCCACUCUGGGCUUCAACAUCAAGACCAUGACUUACAACAAGUAUACUCUUAACAUAUGGGAUGUUGGGGGGCAAAGGACUAUAAGAUCUUACUGGAGGAACUAUUUUGAGCAAACUGAUGGUUUGGUGUGGGUGGUUGAUAGUUCCGAUCUUAGAAGGUUAGAUGAUUGUAAGUACGAACUGGAUAAUCUUCUGAAGGAAGAGAGGCUAUCAGGAGCAUCAUUACUGAUUCUGGCAAAUAAGCAGGACAUACAAGGUGCUCUUUCACCAGACGAAAUAGCCAAGGUGCUCAACUUGGAAGCUAUGGAUAAAACCCGACACUGGAGAAUUAUGGGUUGCAGUGCAUACACCGGGGAAGGGCUGCUUGAAGCAUUUGAUUGGCUAGUUCAGGACAUAGCGUCUCGAAUCUAUGUGCUUGAUUAAGCGACACUUAGAUUUUGAUCAUUUUUAACUUGUAGAAAACAGGUUUAAGAGAUUAUAUUAUGACAAUUAAAUUGGAGUUUCCAGGACCUUUCCUCAUGUUUUCCACGCAUUGUUUGGCUAGUUGUGAGGUAUUAUACUGGUUGUUUAGCUAGCUGUGAGGUAUUAGACUGUUGUUUAGCUAGCUGCAAGGUAUAACAGAAAAGAAGCACCAAAAGAAGAAGAAGAAACACAUGAGCCCAGGGCGGAGCCACUUACAAGGGUGGGUGUAACUGCCCCCCUGACCUUUUAGAAACCUGCAGAUAUGGUAUUGGAAAGAUGAUGCCUCUUGUAAAUUUAAUACAUUGCCCCCUUAAUUUUUUGGAAAAUUUACACGAUGGCCCUUU